AUGGCGGCGGCGCUGCGGACCGCCCUGCUGAGUGCGGCGCUGGGCUGCGCGGCCGCGGCGUUGAUCCCGGCGGUCGACGUGAAGGUGGAGGUGCUGCAGAAGCCGUUCCUGUGCCACAGGAAGACCAAAUGGGGGGACAUGAUGCUGGUUCAUUACGAGGGCUACCUGGAGAAGGACGGCUCCAUGUUCCACUCCACUCACAAGCAUAACAAUGGUCAACCUAUGUGGUUUACACUUGGCAUAAAGGAAGCUAUCAAAGGCUGGGACAGAGGUUUGAAGGACAUGUGUGUGGGAGAGAAGCGGAAGCUAACUAUUCCACCAGCUCUUGCUUAUGGGAAAGAAGGGAAAGGAAAAAUUCCACCUGAGAGCACGCUGAUUUUCAACAUUGACCUUCUAGAAAUCAGGAAUGGACCAAGGUCUCAUGAGUCCUUUCAAGAGAUGGAUCUUAAUGAUGACUGGAAGCUGUCCAAGCAAGAGGUGAAAAUUUACUUGAAGAAAGAAUUUGAAAAGCAUGGAGCAGUGGUAAAUGACACCCAGCACGAUGCUUUGGUUGAAGACAUAUUCGAUAAAGAAGAUGAAGACAGUGAUGGGUUUAUAUCUGCAAGGGAAUUUACAUACAAGCAUGAUGAGCUGUAGAAAAGGGUGGAAUAAUUGUUUUGACAUAAAAUGGCAGUGACUUAGACUGCCUGGUUGUCUUGUCAUCCUAAUUCUGUGUUUUGGAGUUGACAGCUGCCGUUGGCCAAGAAACACUGUUUGUUUAUGUAAAAGAGAAUUUUUGUUCAUUAUGGACAAAUGUUUUAAACUAUUCUAAAGAAAAGGUACAUCCUUUUGUGCAGCAAAGACUUCCACAUC